CCCGACCACAUCGUCUUUAAGGUCCGCUCCAUCCAUCACGACUCACCAUACUCACACAUUUCAGAGGAGUAAGUCAUCCAUCAGUACUUAGGCAUGAACUCCCUGGACAAUCCGACAGUUGAGAAUGAUCGACACCUCCACCGAAAACGGCACCGCAUUUUGCUAUCCUGCAUAGAAUGCCAUCGCCGCAAACAAAAGUGUAACCGCCUCCAGCCUUGUCAGCAUUGUAUGGGACGUUCGAAGCCAGAGCUUUGCCGCUACGAGAAUAAUGACAGCAAAUCUGGCCACCGCAACGCCACCAGUGCGAGUACAGGCGGCUCUAGUCAGAGCAAUGUCGAACCUUCAAUAUCGCGCUCACCAUCGAGGUCAGAGACCAGUCCGUUGUCCCCACAAGAUCAAGAGAAUCUUGUCGGUGUCUUGGGUUAUUCCACUCACAGUGAGUACAAUAUCAUCAGCUUGGUCAAACAGAUGGAGGCUAUCUCUCCGUCCACUUUGAGCCGUCCUUCUGUGGUGAAGAGCAACCGAACAGCUCUGGACGACAAAUAUCGAUCUCUAGUCCGUCAACUACCAUCACAGGAGCACAUCGACAACCUCUUACAUCAGUUUUUCUCGGAUAUCAAUUGGCACUAUGAUGUGAUUGACGAGAUCACUUUCCGUCAGCAGCUUGAGGACUGGAGACAUGUCCCUUACUCGGCCCACGCCAAUGCCUUGCGUGUCCUCCCUGCCAAUGUUCUGGUGUUUCCUUCCCUUCUUUUCCAGCUCAUGGCCCACGCUCUGAUGCAUCAAGCUGUUACCGACGAAGCUUGCUCAAGCUUUGAGUCUCUGAAGUACACCUCGGAUAUGACAUUCCUCGACUUGGCUUGUGACUUCUCUGAAGCUGGCUUUUCAAUCCUGGAACUGAUUGGAAAGCGGGAAGUCACACUAGUGGCUGUUCAGGCAGGGAUCCUACGCGCAUCUUUAUUGAAAAAUACAGGAAACGUUAUCGAGUCGUGGCAUUGCCUUGGAAUCACCAUUCGGAACGCGCAGGAAAUAGGGCUUCAUGCAGAAUUCAAUUCACAAGUUCCGUCGGUAAGCAUUGACGCUCAAUGGGAUAAAGAGACGAGGCGCAGGAUCUGGUUUGUUCUCCACAACUGGGACAUUCACAUGGCUGUCGUAUUGGGCAGACCUAUCACGACCGCGAUUGCCCCUGGAAAUGCGCCUUGCCUUCCUGACGACCUUGCACGAAGAAGCAUGGGAACACCACCGAGACAGAGAACGACCCAUGAUCCUCCUACUCCAGUUAGUAUGAUCCGCAUUGGUUACGAUGUUGCAUAUCGAUAUUUUCCACGAGUACGCUCUCUUGAGCGCUGUGGAGCACGGACAGAAGACUACCAUAUCGUUCGAGAGACGCACGUCACGAUUGUGGAGAAUAUGAACCACCUACCGCUGUGGUGUCGCCAUCAUGACCCCGAUGUACACUUUGAUGGACUUCCAGGUUGCCACUGGCUACCGGCGGCGCGCCAGGCAUUGGCGAGUGGGAUUUAUUUUGUCUUGCUCUCACUUCAUCGACCUUACAUAUUCAGCGUAGCUGAAAGUCGGACAGAGGUCCUCAGGGCGGCGCUGAAGAUCCUCACUAUCCAGAGACAAUUAUUCCAUCUGUCAAAACCGCAGCAGUACAUUUCAUUCAAUAUGGUCUACCCAUUGUUUGACGCAAUGGUCAUUUCAAUGGCCACCAUUGUGCUGUUUCCGAAAGAGAACCUCGACAUUCUGUCGGAAGUGUUGCAAAAUGUGCACUGGGGUAUCGACAUGCUCAACAUUAUAGGCGAACACAAUGACAUGGCCCAGUCGGCAUACGGUGUCGUGAAAAAGCUAUUCUCCCGGUCGGAGAAAUUCUGCGGGUGCGCUCUUCAGCACAUGACUCACAGCAGCGAGGGCGAAAGAGGAAGCUUGGACGCUUGGACCGUGGAUCCUGACUGUGGCAUGACGUGUUUGAAUGGAGAUUCACCCAUGGGCAACGUUGAGGCUGGGUUGUUAUCACCAGCCCACCAACAACCAGGGUUCGGUGCAUUAAAUUUUCCCGAUUUUGACUUUGAAACUCUUUUACCUCCCCAUCCGGUCCACGAUCUGUUCUAUCAAGACAUUCACGCACCAGACAUGCAAGAUUCUUACCAGGGCAUCGAAAACUUCAUGGAGAGUCCAAACUUCGACGGGCAUUAUCCAGACAACAGUUUCUGGAGCUUCAUGAAUAGAUUCAGUUAAUUCUGAGCAAGUGUCUAGGAUGGCGUGAUGCUUGCAUAUACCUAUCUUAUAUUCUCAUAGACUAGAUUGAAGUUCUGCGC